AUGCAUCUAGGGCUCUCCCUGUCCACUCUGCCCAUCUGGGCGACCCUCGCGUCUGCAGCCCUCAACGUCUCUGAGACCGACAGCAAAAUCACCCUCGCCAACGACCGUCUCACGGCGAUCUUCACCAAAGCCAAAGGACGGGUCGAGGACCUCUUUCUUGACGGUCAAGACCUCCUCGGUCCCCAGUCCGGGUCUAGCGGUGUCGGGCCCUACUUGGACUGCUACUGCACGCCGUCGGGCUUCUACACUGCCGGAUCUACCAACCCAGUGCUCGAGAUCGUCAAGGGCACCGACUCCACGGGCACUAAGUACGCCGGGGUGGUUCUCAACGACACGUACACUCCCACGGGCCAGCAGUUCCAACAAUACUGGUUUCUUCGCGAUGGUGAGACGGGUUUGCACAUGUUCAGUCGAUUGGCAUACUAUAACGAGACGACGCCGUUCCUGCGCAAUCUGCAGGAGUUCAGGACGCUGCUAAGGCCGAAUACGGAUCUCUGGACACAUCUGACCUCGAGUGAGGUCCAGACAGCUCCGCUUCCAAGUCACGAGGCGAUUGACAAGCAGAUCGUUGUGCAGGAUGCAACCUGGAGGUUUAAUAAUACUCCUGACGAUGAGUACUAUUCACAGUUCUCGGAGUACUUCACAAAGUACACGUUUUCGAACAGUACGAGCCUACCUCCCUUUCCCUCGACUGUCAAAUGUUAA